AUGAGCUCACAAAAUGUCGACUCCCCGCCAAACCCUAGCCAAGCACCUGUACGCCCAAAGUCCGGUGUAAGAGUUGCGCUCGAAUUCACCGGAAUUCCACCAUCCUGGUUCGAGAAGCGUCCCAAACUUCCGUCCCGAAACUGGCUCAUAUUCCUAUCCGUGACCACCUCUAUCGUUUCAUACUAUGCCUAUGACCGCAAAGAGUGCAGACGCAUCCGCUCCGAAUAUGCCACACGCGUUGAGCAUCUUGCCAAGGACCCGCUGGGUACUACAGAUCUGCCACGCAAGGUCACCGUAUAUGGCGCGAAAUGGCCCGGAGACGAGGACCAUGAUAAGAGCUUGAGGUUCUUCAGGAAGUACGUCAAGCCAAUCCUUGUAGCAGCUGCCGUUGACUAUGAGAUGGUUUCGGGGCGCCGGAGUGGUGACCUCGCAAACCGCAUCGCGACCGAGAUAAAGACUCGUCGACGUGUCGAUGCCGGUGUAGAACCUGAAUCCCAGAGUCCGGUGGUUUUACCUAACCAACCAUCUCUUGAGCAAAAACGCAAGCGCGAACUCGAGGGCGGCAUUGUCGUUGUCGGCCGGCACACGUUGAAGGAGUUCAUGUCGGGGCUCAAACGCGGUUGGACGGAGAGCAUGGAUCGUGUCGACAAGGAAGAUAUGCUCGCCCAGGAAUUGGCGUCGGAUGGCCGAUUUGAUGAGCCUGAAGAAACUGUCGUAGACCUUGAAGGAGUGGAAGGAGAGCCCUUACCAACCCGUUCGCGCCUUCUACCUUCGAACAACGCAGCGUUAUUCUCUCCCUUGCAGAUGCCUUCUUCCAGUCCAUCAAAAUCCACGCAAUCCACUUCAACUCUGCCUGCACAUUUAGACACACCACCAUCGACUAUACCAACCCUGCCAACCCUUCUCCUCGUCCCUUUCACAAAUCAUAUUGGCUUCAGACAGGUUCCUCAUAUGAUAUGGGGAUUUUUUAAUGAGCGACAUAAAGUCCGCGCUGGCUCUGAAGCAGCUUACUCUCUGAUAAUGAGCCACAGGCGGCCAUUCGUAGCACCAAGUGCGUCAGAAAUUCAGCUAUCACAGCCGGACGGACGUCAAGGAGGGGACCUUGAUUUUGACCUUCCUGCCGAAUCCUAUUAUGAUGGGGCUUACACCCCGUCUGAAACGGAAAAGGCACGCAAAACGUACUACGAUGCAUUGCCCGCAAAGCUAGCGAUUGCACGCGCAUUAGCACGAGGCACCCGUGUCCCUACGAAGGAGGAGGAUAGUCAUCCCCCGCCAACAGAAGUAGAGCUGCGUGCGGAACGAUUGAAGAAGGAGAUGAGAUGGCGUGGUGAUGAGGAUGGUUGGGAAAUCGUGAAACCCGGUCAGCCUGUACAAUGGGAUGAACGAUUCUCCGACGCCCUACAGGUUUUCGACGAGUCUCCGACAGACAACGAUGGUUGA